UUUUUUCAGGUUUCAGUUUUUGACCCUCUCUUUUUAUCAAGGCCCUAUGCUUUUGUAAGGCCUUGUGCAGAUUUCCAGAGAUUUCAUUAGUCGCGGCUCAUCUCGAACAAGUGCAUGACAAAGAUUGAGAGGUCAUGGCUUCCCAAUAUGAUAUCCCUUGGUAUAUGCUGAAGGGACUUGAUCCGACCAAUACAGAAACAUGUACGCUGAAAGGGUCGGUGACGACGGGCAUGGAGCCCAGUGCCCGUGAUGAGAUAGCAGUCAAACUGAGAAGUGUCGCCUACAUCGCCCGUGGCCGGGUCUUUUUUGACGUGAAAAUAGACCAAAUCAGUGAGGCAUUGAAACUACGCUCACUGGACCACGUUCAUGUUCUGGUCGUUGUCAACCCGAAGUUUGGCUUCGUGAAGAAUAAGGAGACCUGUCUGCGCCGGCUGCGGCUGCUGCCCCGCGAGCUGGACUGGAAGAAGGCCCUCUCUGUUUGGCAGAGCGUGAGCGGUUUCCAGGGCGAGCCCCACACCCGACGCCCGGACGACCAGCUGGAGGCGAUAGAAAUACCGGUCGCCGCCGCCCCCGGCCCCGGUCCCGAGCCCAAACCUGCCGACCCGCUGCUAGACUUCGUGGACAGUAUGCGUCAGCCGGUGAAGGGGACUCGGCCGGAGGACUCUGGAUCGGUGGACGAGGGGAAGGGCGAGCCGGCCUCGCAGUCAGACGCCCAGACGCAGAAUGGUGAGGGCGGCGCGCAGGGGACGGCCGAGACGGCAGCGGGAGACGCUCCGGCUCCAGCCACCACGGAGGACCCGCCAGGCACUGCUGCUGAGGCAGAGAAGGACGCUGUCGUGGAAAAGAAAGCUGAGGUGACCCCUGAAGGGUCUGACGCUGCGGCGGCUGGUGCGAAGGAUAGUGCCGUGGAAGGCGAGCCUGCUACUGAGGCCAUGGAGACUGAGCCUGCAAACGUCGACACUCCCAGCACCGCCAGCACCGAGCAGGAGCCCUCUAAACCGGCCGACGCAGCGGCUAGUGAGAAGGUCCCUGUGAAGGAGAAGCCGGUUGAUUCGCCGAUGGAGACGAGCGCGCCGCCUACGGAGACUGGAGCCGCCGACGCGGCGCCAGAGGACGCAACGGAGCCUGCCGCGGCUACUCAAGACGCUCCUGAACCCGCCGCUGCUAAUCAAGACGCUCCUGAACCCUCCGCUGCUUCUCAGGACGCCGCGGAGCCAGCCGCUGCUCAGGACGCCGACGUCUCGGCUCCGCCGCCGCGUGUGGCGCCCCCUCCCCCGCCAGAGGGUGCCGUGUCGUUCCGCGCUACCUGCUACCGGGCCGGCGGCGGAAAGCAGGGGCACGCGUUCAGCUCCAACGAGGGCGCGCAGAACUUUGGCGGCGCCGUCCAGGAGCUGUUCAACUGGAAGGUACAGAUGAAGGGCUACGACCUGGAGGUCAUCCUCGACGUGGACUUUGAUAUGGUGAGCGUCGGCCUGUCGCUGACUCCUCGGGCGCUGUUCUACCGUAACCUGGCCAAGACGGGUCCCACGUCGCUGCGCUCCACCGUGUGCUACGGCUUGCUGAUGAUGGCCAAGCCGCAGCCCUACGAGGUCGUCGUAGACCCCAUGUGCGGCGGAGGGUCCAUCUCACUCGAGGGCGCCCAGGCGUUCCCCGGUACCUUCCACAUCUGCGGCGACAACUAUCCGGACGCCGCGCCGCGCGUGCUGCUGAAUCGCGAGUUCAGCGCGCGCCAGCUCAGCCCCACCGCCCAGCUGCCACUGGACGUGCUCACCUGGGACUGCACCCGGCUGCCGCUGCGUGACGCCUGCGCUGACGUCAUCGUCUCCGAUCUGCCAUUCGGGAAGCGGCUGGGCUCCAAGUUCGACAACCGCACCCUGUACCCGGCCUGUAUGGAGGAGAUGGCUCGCAUCUGCACCCCACGCUACGGCCGAGCCGUGCUGCUCACCCAGGACAGACGCACCAUGGAGAAGACCCUUCAGCUGGGCCGCAUCAAGAGUCUCUGGCGAUGCCGGGCCUCGCCCUACGUCAACAUAGGCGGCCUGGAGGGGAUCGCCUACUUCCUGCAACGUUCAGACAUGGUGCGUCGCCGCCGGCCACCGCAGGCGCCGGUUGCUGCCGCCCUCCGCCGGGCCCCGCCGCAGUCAGAAGCUACACCAGCAGCGCCGAGCGGCAGCCCGACUGAGACGGAGCCGGAGACAGGCACAGCCGGCUCACCGGCCACUGCACAGUCCGGGGAUGCGCCUUCGGUAGAGAGUGAGGCGGGAUCUCAGUCGGCCUGCAAGGAGGCGGCGGUUGAGACGGAGAAGAUUAAUCGUGAGACUCUGAAGACUGUUGUCAUCCCACCUGAGGCAGCGUCAGGGGAGCCGCCUGGUGAGACGAUAACGGCAAAGGAGAGGGCUCCGGAGGUGGCCACAGACUUAGCGAAGACGGCAGAGCCAGUAGCUGCCCCGUCUGCGAAGUCAGAAGAUUCGUCAGCUCAGCCGUCCCCAAAGUCAGAGGUUCCGAUAGAUGAACCGUCUUCGAAGACAGGAGACGCGGCAGUUGAGCCGUCCCCCAAGUCAGAGGAUCCGAUAGAUGAGCCAUCUUCAAAGUCAGAAGACCCAACAGUCGAGCCGUCCACAAAGUCAGAGGAAGCGGCAGUCGGGUCGUCCCCAAAGUCAGGCGAGCCAGCAGAUGCUUCACCCUUGAAGUUGGAAGACCCGGCGGCUGAGCCUUCCCUGACGGUGGCGGAAGUGGGCGAACCGGCGACUGCCAAGGUGCCCCCGGAGACGGGCGAUGCUUCGGAGCUACCUCAGUCAGCGACACACCAGACUGAGUCCGCCGCCAGUGUCUGCUCGGAGGCGACACCCACUGAGAAGUCACCCGCUCCAGUUUCGUCGGAGUCGGUACCUGAGGCAGAUACACAAACGCCAGCGGCGGAAAGUUCCGAGGCGACGCCCGCGGCGUCUCCGGCCAAGGUGACGCCGGGCUCACCCGCUGCAGCGGAGUCGGUCGUCACGGGGGCUGAGCGCACGGAGCCGGCGCCGGCGCCCCCGCCCGCCGAUACCCCGGCGGAGUGAUGACCCGCGCCCACCAGUCGGCGAUCCGCCUGGUUGGGGCUUCCGCCCAACGGCCUCGCUUGUUAGCUGUGACGGAGCUUCCAUGUGAUAACCAAGUGGUUCUUUGUAUGAUUUGUUCAGUCGAGAUAAGUCGUUCCUGUUGGGAGAUGUGUGGGUAUUUUGAAUAGCCAAGGAUCUCUUCCGAUGUCAAAUACAAGUUGCUCGUUAUUUUCA